AAAGUCCAAAAACUCUCCCGCUAAAACAAAAGUGUUUCUUAACUUCUUCAGACAACAAGUCUCAGUACAGAUCGCUUUUAAAAAUGAAUACUAAAUCCUGUUUGUUGUUUAUGCUUGUGGUGUGCAUUGUUGGAUUUGUGUCGGCGAAGCCACAACUAAUCGAGUUGGGAAGCUGUGAAGAAAAUGAGGUAUUCACACUUUGCCUUCUCGGCUGUCCAGCAACGUGCAAUAAUCCCAAUCCUUCGGGAAUCCUUUGCGUACAGCCAUGUGUUCUGGGCUGUCAAUGUCGAGCUGGCUAUAUAAGGAAUAGCCAAGGAAGAUGUGUCCAACCGGAGGAUUGUUGAGUGACCCAAAUAAUUAUAGAAAUGCUUCCCUUUAUUUGUGAAUACGACCCGAAAUGAAAUCGAAUUAUGUAAAUUGUAAUGUUAUGUGAAUAUAAAAAAUAUAUAUAUUUAGCAAAGUAUUAAAGCACUCGAA